UUAAACUGCUAAAAUUUCUAAAUAAAAUCUGCCCAAAUAGUUUCACUGAUUGAGAUUCUAGCAGUUUGGUUUUCCAGUGUAGGCUAAAGUGGAAAUCUGAAUUUUAAAGUGACAACUGCUUCAGUCAUUUUAAUGGCAAGUGGCCUUUUCUGGUGCACAAAGUGUAAAAUACCUGAUCGAAGUGGGAACUCGUGGAAAGUAAACGUCCAAAUUUGUAACCCUGUCCUCUGUUACUCUCCAGUCGUCACGGACUCGGUGGCGCCACACUCACACACUCACAGGAUAUGUAGAAACUUCAGCAACGACCCAUUAUCCCCCAAUCAUCGGGAUCGAUUGGGCGUUAACGAGGGGCUCUACAUAUGCAAAUUGAGGCGAGUGGCUGGAGCAGCUAUAAAACCUUGGGCCACAGCGCGCUCUCUCGUGACAUUUGGUGGAUUUACAGGCCACUGAGCAGGAGCACCGUGGACAUGGUGAAAUACUUUUCCGUGGACUGGUUGGCGCAGAGCCACAGCAGUGGCGCAGCGAGGGAGGGGCAAAGAGCUUCCGGCGCGCACAGACCUCAUGUUCUCUGCAUGGUGCAGCCGAGCGCGCCGGUGUUCAGUAAAAGUUACCUGCAGCCAAAACCCAAGCAGUCAAAGGCCGCUAAGCAGGGAGGGCCAGAUGAGGUCAGAGAACCGCAGAGCUCACCUUUUCCCCCAUCAGACUCCUCCUCUCCAAUGAGCGGGUAUUCCUCCGUGGAUGAAGGGAAUGAGGCGGAGAAAGAUUCACCGCAGCGCCGAGUGCGCACCAAGUUCACUCCGGAGCAGAUCAGCAGGCUGGAAAAGAUCUUCAGCAAACACAAAUACCUGGACGCAGGGGAGAGGGUGAAGACGGCACAGAAGCUGAGCCUCACAGAAACUCAGGUCAGGACUUGGUUCCAGAACAGGCGGAUGAAGCUGAAACGGGAAGUCCAGGACUACCUCGCCCCCCAGGUGUCCUUCCAGCCUCUGCACCCGCAGUACCACGCCGUGGCCGCACACCAGGCCCACUACGCCGCAUCCGGCCGCGGCCUUUUCCCGGUGCCCGUCUCGAAGCUGGUUCUGACUCCUCACCCCGCGCCUCAGCUCAUGAUCCGGCAUCCACAUUUCUACUGAAAAAAAGAAACUCCCUUCCUCAAGAGACUCUUCAUUCCGACAUAGUCACUUAAUCCCUAUCCGAUUUGUAAGAAAUUUUGUACAA